GUUGCGCACACACCUUGUAUUGUUUGUACACAAGAAACUUGUCUAUCAACCCUUGGUGCCUAUUAUGUCUGUUUUGAUGAUAUUUGUCAUUUUUUUCAUCUUUAUUUUAAGCUGACAGUCACAUUUUUAAAGAUUGUGGUAUCAAAUUUGGUGAGAAUUCUUAUUUUUCUUCAUAUUAAAAAAAACAAAAAAAAAAAGUGUCACCUGUAGUAUCUGUUGCCACAUUUUAGCUCCACCUUACAUCAAAUUUUUAAGUGAUUAUUUUUUUAAUGAUCAGGGCUGAAAUUGUUUAAGAGAUCUGAGUCGAAAAAGGUUUAAAAAAGAUUAUUUUAUGAACAAUUGUCUGCAUGUCGGUUUUAGGGUCAAAGUAGGCUGGAUGGAGCUUUAAAUGAACAGGAACGGAGGGUUAGGGGUAAAUUAUGUUUACCGAAGGAAGGAGAUGUGGAAUCAGCAGGAUAAUGUAUCAUGAACUGCUGGUUUUGCAGACGACACCGUUGCAACGUGGUCCAAAAACUAGACAACGAUGUGACAAUAUCAGCUCCAGAAAUAUAACAAUAUAAAAUCUACUUGUUCCGUGAGACCAGCAGCUUUACUUUAUGCUGCGUUCCAGUUACCUCGGAGGUCGGGUGUUCCAGAUGAGUUUACGACUCGGAGCUCGUAAAUCCGAACUUCCAAGUACAACUGAAAUGCAGCGUUAUUCCACACAGAGAAACAAAAUGAAUAUCAAUAACAUCUUAUCAAUCGCGUCACCUGAUAGGAAACAAUUCAAAAUAUGCAGUGGUGUUAUGGAGGAGCUGGUUGGUGGUUUAAUGCAGGAAUUUAACGGUCGAAGGAGAAGUCAGUGCUGUCAGAUGUGCAGAAAGUAUCUGAGCAGGUGUAGUUUCAAGGUUUUUGGGGUGAGCAGGUUCAGUUCUCUGUCAGGUGGAGAACAGGGUGGAAACCGUCGAUCUCCACCACACUGGAGAGCAGAUAAAUGUCUAUCUGCUGUCAUAGUUUCUGAUGUAAACCAGAUACAUUCUCCAGAUCUUCCUCUAUCUCAGGCAGAAGCUCUCCACUCGUGUUUUAUCAUUUUCUCACAUGCAAACAGCUCAUCUAUCAGACCUGCUCCUCUCCACCUAAAACCUCGGGUCAUGUUGGCACAUUCACCUCGCUCCUCAUGUGAGCAGAGCCAGCUAGAACCAGCUCUGAUUGGUCAGAGGGAGAAGGUGGGGGGCGUGGCCUGUGGCAUUGACUUUGCACCAUCUCAGACGGGGGUCAGGGGUUCAAAGGUGAAGGGAGGAGGCGGGUUCAGACACUUCAAAGAAACAGAGCCGGUCCUCACGCUUCCUGCAGAGUCCGCUCUGAUCGGUCAAACGUUCAGGCUUGUUUAUGUUUGUGUGUGUGUGUGUGUGGGGGGGUCGGAAGUCCACAAGAAGCGGAGCUGGAGAGCCGCUCCAGAACAACUGGAGUUUCUCCUUUUGAGUUUUAUCACACGGACAAAAGCUCCAGAGUGAGUCAUCCGUUAGAGAAAAGGGCUGAGGAGGAGACGGACUGUCAUGAUAAGAAGAUUCGACUUCCUGAAUGUGGAGAAACAAAAGUCCCCGCAGAGAUCUGAGCCGAGGCCAGACCGGAUUUAUUUAGAUCAGAAAAACCCAACAAGAUAAUCCGUCUUUUUAGUCAAGAUUUAGUCAGAGAGAAGGUUUCAUUCUAGUCUCACUUAAAGCUCCUGUCAGGAACUUUCUGUUUGUGUCAAUUAUGGCGCCCCCUGUCUUUGUUUUUCUUCAUUGAAAUACAAUCAGACUGAGACGCUAAGACAGAAGAACUAUGAUUAAUAUGAUGAUUAUUACUUCAAAGAAAUUAUAAAGAAACGAUCAUAAAUGUUCUUCCUUGAUCUGCGGCACCCAGCUGUAGUCCGUAAUGGACUGGCCUGAGGUCUCACUACAAACAAGCAGCUGCUGGAGGAGAGUAGGUGAGUUGUGUUUAGUCUCUUUGCUAAAGAAAUGAGUCAAAGUUAAAAAGAUGUUUGGUGUCUAGUACUAUGUCUGUGACCCUAUAUGUCCUGUUGAUGAAGUUAGGUGCUGUUCUGAGCAUUAUUUGUGGCUAUAGAGUGGCGUUUUGGUUGGGGGCGUGGCUCUCUGUAUUUCUAUCGUGCGGUCGUUACUAAAGUUGGUUUAACUAGAGAAGGAAGCGGUCGACAACAUUCAUCUCUGGAGGGGGGGUCUAACUCAAUUCUCAAUUCUGUCACUGAUGUUUUUUUGCUUUAUCACAUAAAAAAAACACAAACAUCAAAAACUCCUUACAGUAGCUUUAAGGCACUGUCAGGGGGAGGGGUCAGAGCAGAUGAUUGACAGCAGGCUAAAGAAAACGCGUUAUUUACUUUUAGUUCUUAAAUGAGGUUGAAACUGUUCACCGUUUAAAGACAACAGGAUGAGUUUUCAGUCAGAACAUCUGACUUUGACAUGAAAAAUACAAGACAUAAGAGGUUUGUCCACAGGGGGGCGCCAAAAUCAACAUAAACCUAAAGUUUCUUAGUGGAGCUUUGAAGCCAGUUUAAAUUUUUUUCUAAUUUUUAUUUUGAUAUUUUAGUCAAAACUUCCUCGGACAGUUUUUUGAUUGUUUGUAAAAAUUUUGGUUUUUGAAUUUUGUCUGAAAUUAGAUUUAAAAAGUGAAAAAAGUCACUUUUUAAAAACUGAGAUUUCUUUUUUUAGAAGAUGAUCUCUGUUCAUGUUUGCUGAAUGACUCUGAUUUAUGACAAAAAAAACAUAAAUCAGAUUUCAGGAGGAGGAGGUUGACGUUUUACUGUAACGUGGUUCGACUCUGUUAAAGUUAAUGUAGCGCGGUACGCUGAUCGCUCACAGCUGUUACGUCGAAUAAGAACAAAUCAGUACCUGACGUUCAAAGAAAUCUGAGUUUAUUGAACAUUAAAUUUAAAGACUUAUCCAGUGUUUGUGUCAGCUGAUCAUCACGCUUUAAUAGCAGAAAUGACAUUUUUUUUGGUGUUUAUAUAUUUUUUGUCAUUUAGACCCUCAAAUAUCCACUACAAUUAUCACUUUAGUUAAACCUCUUGUUAAAAACAUCAUUUUAUCACUUCUGCAUUUAUUUAUUUCUUUUUAUUUUGCUAAAACAGACAAAUAGACAAAAAACACAACAAAGACCAGCUGAUAUCAUACUAAAAUUAUGUUUGUGGAAAUAUACAGGGAUUAAAAAACCCUCUAGACGAAAGAAAUAAUGAUAAAAAUUGUAAUUCUGUUGUUUAAUAAUCGACUGUGAUGCAUCUUAUGAACUCAUUAUUACCCAGAGCAGAGCUGUUUGUAAGUUCGGGUCAGUAGUUCUGAUUUUCACGGUGUGUUUUCAUGCAAAAGCUGCAGUGUGUGACGCCUGAAGUGUCGAGUUCCUGUGUGAGUCAGGACGCUUUGAGGCAGGCUGCACCUCAUUAGGAGGCCCAAUAGAUGGUGCUAUAUUGUGAGACUUUUGUGUGAAUGAGCGGCGUCACACAGUCCACCGCUGCUCAGACUUACACAUCUGAAAACAGCUCCAGAUGAUCAGGAAAAUAUGAAUAAUUUUGGUACAUAAAAUAAUAAAUAGCGGUGGAAAAGUAAAGCGCUGCAGCAUAAUUUAUGAGAGUCUAAUUUACGGUUCAAACUCCCAUCUUUGGAGAGUGUCUGUUUGCAUAUUCACUGGUCUCUGGAGUGUGUGUGUGUGUGAGUGUGAGAGUGAGACACACACACACACUCUCCUGCAGAGGCAGACACAGAGAGGGCUGAGAAUGAGAGAAAGAGAGGUUUUAAACAGGCAUCAGAGAAACUUUUGUGCUUGAGAACGUACGAGGGCCGCUCUGAAUGUGAUCUUCAGAGGAAACGGUGAAAGAAAAGGCAGAAAGAGAGAGAGAGAGAGAGAGAGAGAACGCAGGAAGAGGCUGCACCUGCAGAGGAGGUCUUCAGCUCUCAAGCCACCCGCUGUGCAAAGAGAGAGAGAAGGAGAGAGGGAGAGAGAGGCAGCUGCACGGAGAGAGAGGAGGAGAGAGAGAGAGAGAGAGAGAGAGAGAGAGAGCGCAAAGCCAAAGAAGUCAGAGAUGGGAGAGAAAAGGGAGAAAAGCAAGAGUGCAGCAUCUUCUUCUCCUCCUAAAAGGCCCCCUGCUGCGACUCCCGUUUGCUCUCCCAUGUAGCGCAUAAAAAAACGGGCGCCGAAAAAAAAGAAUCAGCAGAGCUCGGCUGGUGUUUGAAAUCAUAUGUAAAUAAGGCACAUUGAUAAUAAAGCGCCAGAGGAGGAAAUUCCACUAAUUACCUUACAGAGACUUGACAAGGAGCAGGAGGCGAACGCACUUGAAGCUCUGUUUGGCAUGAAAAGGCCAGAGAAGGGAGAGGAAAAGAUCUGAUGGCAAGACGACAGGUUUCCAUUUCAAGUCGACGCAAGUCUUUCAUUUCGCUUUUGACUCCCGGCAAUCGUGGCUUUUCUGCGAUAAAGUCAGUUUUGUUAAAUUGGAGAAAUGCAAAAGGCUGAAAAGGAAUCAGGGUGAUUCAACGUGUGCGACUGUGUUUGACUCCGUGUGAGAGAGGAGAUGGGUGAAUUGUGCCUGUCGGAGGGGGUCGAUUUGGAAAAACAAAGAGUGAAAGGUCUGAGUGGAGCACUCUGACGGCUUUAUCCCAGGACUCCAUAAAAAAAGUCUUUUGGAGGAUAAAAAUGUCACUUUCGGCACAAUUAGCUCAUUUAAAUAGAUCUUUAUUUUUUGGAGGCGUAAUUCUAGAAAGUUUGAAGUCUUGUGAAUGUUGAACAGAUUUGAUGGUUUGGGAAUCAUAUAUUAAAUAAAAAACAGUGAAAAGACAAAUUCAGUUUUUAAAUAUUACUUUAUAUGUUUUAAAAAAGUUUGGACAUCUUCUCCAUCCUGUUACAUCUUUUUAUUUUUUUAACACUUAAUGUUUUCCCGUCUGAUACAGGAGUUUUUGUACUUCGUUGCACUUUUUUUGGUUUCAUGAUGCACCAGAUGUUUUCACAGUUCAGCAGCAGGACUCUUCUACUUCAGACCCACGCUGCUGUAAUCCUGCAGGACCUGGUUUGGUCUCCUCUUAUACUGCUAAAAAGUCUGGAUGGUCCAGAUCCUGUGUAAAGUAUUUUUCAGGCGAUAAGGCGCACCAGAUUGUCCCGCGCACUGGCGCAUUGAUAGGUUUAUUGUUGCUAGCCCACACUCGCCUUACAUGAAUGCACCUCUAGUUGAGACGUUACACUCAGGCAGUCCUGUAGACUCCUCAGGGGUCCUGUUACGGGGCCGAUUACAGCGAGCCGUAAUGCUCUGAAUGUCCAUUGAGCAGAGCGGCUUCGUUGCUCACCAAAGUUACACUUACACAUUUCAACAGAUUUUUUAGCGCAUUGUACGACAUAAAAUCAGUCAGUAAACACAAUAAGUACCAUAUUUUUCGCACUUUAAGACGCACCAUCAAUGAACGCGUCUAUUUGCGUCUAUUUUCAUACAUAGGGCACACCCGAUCAUAAAGUGCAUGAAGCCAAACAAAACAGUCAGAUAAGUCGAAGUUUAUCUAACUCAUUCAAUAACUCUGCGAGGCUACAGUAGCUGCAGCGCUCCGACAAGCCAAAAGGAUUUUAAGUGCGCCUUAUAGUGCGAAAAAUACGGUAAUCAUACAUAAAGCGCGCUCAAUUAUAAAGCGCAAUGUCAAUUUUUGAGAAAAUUUAAGGAUUUUAGUUGCGCCUUAUAGUCCGAGAAAUACGGUAUUCUUCUCAAGUGUGUGAGUGACUCAUGCUUUGGACAUUUGAGAGUCCCUGAACCAUAACAGGUUUUAAUCUGGAGCGCUGAGGACAAACUGGGUCCUCAAAGGGGUCUCCAAGAGUAUGACAUGAAUCACGUCUUUUCACCUGCGCUUGUAGAUAUUGAUGAGUCGUAUCACAGACUUUAGUUUUUAAGGUCAUGUGGUGAUUUCCACCACAGAGUCACGUCUGUUUUUGAAGCUGUCCCACCUUCAUGUUCCCUUCAUGCAGAGACUUCUCCAGAUUUAUCCCUCAAUCUUUUACUGAUAUCAUGAACUAAACGUGAAAAAUUUCAAUAAUCCUUUGAUAAAUUUUCUAAAAUUGUUAAACUGUUAAUUCACAAGAUCUCCAACAAAGUACCAACUCUUCACUUCUGAGAGACUCAGCCCUCCUGAAAAGCUCUUUAUCUAUAUUCUUUCAUCUUACCAACUUGUUGAAGAACAUUUUUCAGUUUCAACAUUUAGCAUCUUGUCCUUGCAGAAUUUUCAGUCAAAUGUAGAGUUUUUUAAAUUGGGGUUUUAUUCCUCAGUCUCCCCAAAGCAGAGAAAAAAGGAGCGAACAGACCAGAGGAGAAAAAACCCAGUUGUGUUGAUGAGGAGGUGUAGGAGGAGUCUAUAAACAACCUCCUCUCCUCUGCUUCUCUUGUGCGUUCCUCACAGGCCUCACUGAAUCCAGUCUAUAAGUGUGUAUAAAACCCGAGUGUGUGUUUGUUCACUUUGAAUAAAUAGGUCGUGUUCAGAUGACUCUGUUUAAACGAGCCUCUUGUGCUUCAGGAACAUGGAAAUUAAUUAGCAGAGGGAUGCUGGCGCAGCAGUUAUUCCAGGUGCUUUCUGCUCUGACGUCCAAGGACGUUAGCGCCGUCUGUGAUGGAUGGAGGGAUCAGAGGAGGGAAAACAGUCAUGUGACCUCUGUCAGAGCGGCGGCAGAUAACAAACAGAGACGGUGGCAGAAGUUUAAAGUCUCUCACUGACGCUUUAAAGUCUGUGUUUUUAAUUUUAGUAGGUGUAACAGCCGACUGAAGGAGUAUUUAUAGAAACAGCGAGUCCGCGUUGAUCCAGACGGGUCAGAUUUCUGUGAGGUGAGUCAGGUGAGUCAGAGGAAGUCCUGUGUUUAUUCAGGACUUCUGCAGAAAUGAAGAGCUGGUUUACAGUUAGACCUCUGUUGAUUCAUCCUUUUAAAGUUUAUGUAACUACUGCGCUUCAGUUAUUCUUUUAUGUUUAUUUAUCACAUUUAAAAACCACCCUCUCUUUUCUCUUUCAUGCAGCUGAGCGAACAGCAGAUUGUUGCUUUCUUGUUUGUAUGCAAGGAAAAUAAAAAACACCUCAAUUUACGAUCUUAGUGACGAUUCAUCUGCAGAACAAAUACUCUGAAGUGCUGCACGUCGGCACAAGAAGGUUCCUGGUUCAAAUCCUCAGAUUGCAUGUUUGGUUCCGCUGCUGUUAGAUGGACUGGUGCCCGACUUCGCCCAGUCAGAGAAGGUUCUCAGGCCGCUCUCGUACUUUCUUUUAUUUCCUGUUUUCACCACAGUGUCAACAGGCGGAUUUUGUUAAAGAAGCUGUUUUUGCAAUCAGACCGAGACACUAAGACAGAAGAACUACCGCGUCUGCAGAGCAAAAUGAUUAAUAUGAUGAUUAUUACUUCUAGGAAAUGAUAAAGAAAUGAUCAUAAAUGUUCUUCCUUGAGCUGCGAAACUCCUCUGUAGUCUGUAAUAGACUGGCCCGAGGUCUCACUACAAAUAAUAAGAUUCGACUUCCUGGAUGUGGAGAAACAAAAGUCCCCGCAGAGACCUGAGCCGAGGCCAGACCGGAUUUAUUUAGAUCAGAAAUCUGUUUUUUUUUUUAAGUUUACCUGCCCAACAAGAUAAUCUGUCCUUUUAGUCAAGAUUUAGUCACAGAGAAGGUUUCUUUCUAGUCUCACUUAAAGCUCCUGUCAGGAACUUUCUGUUUGUGUCAAUUAUGGCGCCCCCUGUCUUCGUUUCUUUUUUGUCCCCUCCAUACUUAAACAGUAUCUACCCUCUUACAUCCAUUUCAGGCUUUAAAAAUUAUCAUCUUAAAGGGAUAUUCUGGCAUAAAUUUAAUUUAGGGUCAAACACACCGUAACACCGAGUUAGACCCCCCCUCCAGAGAUGAAUGUUGUCGACCGCUUACUUCUCUAGUUAUACCAACUUUAGUAACGACCGCAGGAUAGAAAUACAGAGAGCCACGCCCCCAACCAAAACGCCACUCUAUUGCCACAAAUAAUGCUCAGAACAGCACCUAACUUCAUCUACAGGACAUAUAGGGUCCCAUCCCAGCCAGCCACUAGACACCAAAAAUCUCACCCAGAGUCGUCCAUCGACUACAGCGGGGUGCCGCAGCUCAAGGAAGAACAUUUAUGAUCAUUUCUUCAUGGAAAUACAAUCAGACCGAGACGCUAAGACAGAAGAAGUACCACGUCUGUAAAAUGAUUAAUAUGAAGAUUAUUACUUCAAGGAAAUGAUAAAGAAAUGAUCAUAAAUGUUCUUCCUUGAGCCGCGGCACCCCGGGCUGGAGGUCUCUGUACAAACAAGCGUCUGCUGGAAGAGAGUAAGUGAGUUCUGUUUAGUCUCUUUGCUAAAGAAAUGAAUCAAAGUUAAAAAGAUGUUUGGUGUCUAGUACUAUGGCUGUGACCCUAUAUGUCCUGUUGAUGAAGUUAGGUGCUGUUCUGAGCAUUAUUUGUGGCUAUAGAGUGGCGUUUUGGUUGGGGGCGUGGCUCUCUGUAUUUCUAUCCUGCGGUCGUUACUAAAGUUGGUAUAACUAGAGAAGUAAGCGGUCGGCAACAUUCAUCUCUCGACAGGGUGUCUAACUCGGUGUUACGUGUGUUUGACCCUCAUAUAAUUUUACACCGGAAUGUCCCUUUAAUGUGUUUGAGCGUCACCUUAAAUGACUCUUCCUCUUCCCUCUUCGCCUCAUUUAAACCUCACCCGUCUGUGUUUUCCUCUCCUAGCUGUGCGGCGGCGCGAGAGACGCCGAGCUUCGAGACUCUGUCGGCGGAGAUGGAGUCUUUGAAGAGACACCUCUCUCGGAUCGACUCGCCCACCGUCCUCUGCCACAACGACCUCCUGACCAAAAACAUCAUCUACAACCACAAAGAGGGUGAGCAACAGCCGCGCACGUCACCGACGUUUCAGUCGCUGUGGCGGAGAGCGAAACAAAAGCAGCUAAAUUCUCCAAACAGAUCAAACUGAUGUUUCUGAAAUACUGCAGCUCAUAGAGUCUUGGUAGCUCUUUCCUUUCUUUCACAAACACCUCUGCACGGCUGAAACAUUAAAAUAAUCUUACCUCAUUUGCAGGAUCCUGUAAUCAUGUUUUCACUCCCAUAUUUCACAAGGAUGCUCGGGUGACUCAGUCAAAAGAGACUCCUUGUUCCUUUGACUCCUACAAGGUCCUGCACUCUCAAGAAUAAAAAAAGAGAGUUUUCAGUUUUCUGCUCUAACCCCCGUACCUGGAAGUGUUUGUCAUGUUGUCGUGGUAACCGCUGCAGCUUCUCCUCCUCCUCCUCCUCCAUCAGGAACGGUGAAAUUCAUUGACUACGAGUACGCCGAUUACAACUACCAGGCCUUCGAUAUUGGCAAUCACUUCAAUGAAUUUGCCGGUAGGUGUGUGUUAUGAUGAAAAUAACCUCAAUUUGCCUUCAAAUUUUCUUUUUUUUUUUUUUGUGGGAUAUUGAGAGAAGAAGAAGAAGAGGGAGAAGUUGCCCAUUCAGGGUGUGAUGUGCAGAAACAUCCUCCGGUUUGUGUCACCUCUCUCUCCGGCGAUGAUAUCAUUUAUCUUCGCCGUCCUCCUCCUCCUCCUCCUGAUGCCGCCCGUGUAAAUUGCUGUAUUUUCUGCGCGGUGAUAAAUGUGUUUGAUGGAGCAGCUGCGUCCGAGUGAAGCCGGACCGGGUUAAUGUGACCAUUUGUGGAACAAUCAUCAAUUUAAGCGUAUAUCUGCAGCUUUCACGUCAACCACACAACCCCAUCAACGCCGAUGUGACUGCAAUCAUGUCGGAAAUUUGUGCGUAAUGCAAACGUCUCCUGACCCUGACAUCGCCAUGAUGUCAAAUGAUUUCUCACAAACAGGCAUAGUUUGAAAUUUUCUGCUAAUGAAGACAAAAUGCAGUAAAAAUACUCUCAAAAAAUUAAAACUGGAGCGACUUUCCUGUCUCACAUUUUUGCGCGUUAGGGUUUUUCAUCAGGAGGUGAAGUUAUUUCUAUAAAAUGUCAACAGCUCUACUCUCUGGGAGUGUGGAAAUGAAUCUAUAGUAUGUAAAGGUUGAGGAGGUGUUGGGGUCAAGUCCAGCAUUCUUAAAGCAUGAAAACCCUCAGAGAGAAAUCAACUUAAAGUGCAAAAUUUAAAGUCUUUUACAGCAAAAAACAUCUUAAAUUUCUGCACAAACUAUGUAGUUUGUUUUAUAACAUGAGAGUCAACUGUGUUUGUUGAAUCAAAGUCAUAAAGGAUGUUUUUAUUUUUACCUUUUAGAAGUCAGAAGGAAAAGUCGUCUUAAAAGUAUCUGAACGUUAAAAGGAUUUCUCAACUUAAACUUUAUUUUUAGAGCAAAUUAAAAACAUUCGGGGUCGAGCUGUACAGAUUAAAGUUCAACUACAAUAAAUCAAAUGAAUACUUCGGUACAUAAACGUAAAACACAACGGAAUAAAAUAAAAUGGUUUGUAGUAGUUUUGGCGCCCCCUGUGGACAAAGCAGUCCCCUACAUAUAAUGAUUGGAAUAUUAUUAGAGGACUUUGUAAAAUCAGCCUUUCCCCUUUUAACUUUGGUUUUAAGGUAUUGAAAUAAUGAUAUUAAAAUCAUCCAUCCUGUCACUGAUGGUCUUGUUUGUUUUUUUUGUGUUCCAUAAAAAGGCAUAAAAAAAAUCCUUAGAGGAGCUUUAAGUUCACAAUGUUAAACUACUCUAACAGGUGUCAAGUAAAUGUAAUUUAAUGAACUUUAUGAACUUGAAUUUUACAUUUUAAGUCAAAUUUUUCUAAAGAUAACACUGUCAAAAAAAGUAAAUAUUCAAAAAAAAAUUUAAAAUAAUAAUAAAAAUAUUACGUCCAGUUAUUAGUGAUAGAUCAUUUUGAUUAAUCACUGACAUUCAGCACUUUGUGGUUAAUUUUAUUUUAUUUAACCUUUAUUUAACCAGGCGAGUCCCGUUGGGUCAAAGAUCUCUUUUUCAAAGGGGGGCCUGGUCAAGAACGGCAGCAAAGCAGUUUCAAAACCAAAAAACAACAAACACACUCAGACUCACACAACAGCAGCGGCACACAGACGGGUUUCUUUGAAGAGUUUUCAGCAAAGAUUUAAAAACACUCAGAGAAACUCGACUCUGUCAUUUAAACUCCAUCUGCAGGUUAUUUUACACAAAAGGAGCAGAAAAACCUAAAGGUUCAGUUCAGACUCUGGGAACAGCAAACUGCACAAAGUCAAAUGAACACAAGUUAUGAGAAGUUCAUGCAGAAGCACCUGGACUCUUCAGGAGUUCCUCUUUGGUUCCUUCUUUCUGUGGUCGAUUAUCUGCACCUGAAUGCCUCGCUCAGCGUAAAAGUGCAUGUUCGUCAUUUUAAAUAAUUGAAGCAGGAAGACGUUGCAGCAGUUUAACUACGGUGAGCCAAAAGGGACAAAAAAGAUCGCAGUUAUAAAAAAAAGACAUAACAGAAAAUGUCAAAAUGUCCAAACUGUUUGUCAGUUUUGUCAGUUGAAAUUCAGUUAAAAAUAUUCUUACUUAGAUUAGGAUUAAGACUAAUUUAAGGGGGUGCAUUAGAAACAGGAUAGGAUGCAUGUCUUAACAUCUUAAUUUAGUUGUUAAUCCAUUUUUGAGUCACUAAAAUACGUCGUCUCCUUUUCUGCACCAAAUGAAUCCCACUAAAGUUUAAAAUCAGGUGACGUUUCUCCAUUUUAUCUGUAAUGCUUCCAUUUUUUUCUGCUCGUGCGUCCAGAUAGAGACAUUUGAAACAGUGGUGUGUGUACUUUGACAGUUUGUUCCUGAUUGACAAGUGGUGACAGAGGAGUCGAGCUGAUGUAAAGCAGCUGUGCUCGGCUCUUAAAUGAAUUUUCAUACUGACAGUAGAUCCACUGACACGUGCGUUUGUGUGUAUGUUUCAUGCCGGAGGUGUGAACGACGUGAACUACAGCCUGUACCCGAGCCGGGAGCUGCAGAGAGACUGGCUGACGGCGUAUCUGGAGAGUUACAAGCAGAGCUCAGGACGUGAGGUCACUGUUACAGAGGCAGAAGUUACACAGCUCUACGUUCAAGUCUGCAAAUUCUCACUGGUGAGUGCGCGCUCCCUCCGACUGCGCUGAAAUCUGUCAUUACGAAGUGCCUCGGCGCUUUGGAAAGACUUUGCAAAGUGACGAAUCUCUCAACAGUGAUUUCCUUUUUUAAAGUUCUGCUCUUGGAGGGACUCAAACCUCUUUAUAUUAUGAGAUUAGUGUGUGCAUUUCAACAAUAUCCAUAUGUGCGCAGAUCCCUGAAAUGACAGGGCGGCUACACCCCGCCAUCACAUUUUAACAAUUUACUUUUCCAGAAAGAGAGAGAGAGAGAGAGAGAGACAGGCAGAGCGCCUCCACAGCUGACCCACCAAACUUUGAUGGACUCCAUCUGAGUUGAUUAGAAGCUGCCGCAGGGAAAAAUGAAAGACAGCAGCCAAAAUUAUUUUUCUUAUGACCACAAUUUUCAUUCUUUGGUGGCUCGAGCGGAGCCGGGCUAUCACUCUCAAAGUGCUCUCAUAGCUCCACACAAUACGCAGAAUUGUGUGACCAAUUUUGGGCUGGUGUGAAUGUCUCUUGAAAUAGCCCAGAAAUGAUGAGGAAGCAUAUUACUUUUUAAAAUAACUCUCGCCCCGGCCAAAAAACAGACAGGGGGGAAGCGAGAGGAGGGAAAAGAAAUAAAGCCUGGAAUGGAGGGAGAGAGGCGAUAACAUCAUGUUGAUUGAGAUCAGAUUUUCUCUGACAAACCGAGGGACGACUCUCCACUCGAGGAGAGAGGGGGAGAAAUUGAUCACCGACGCUUAACAAGCCAAGUUUCCAGCACGACUCGUUCUGACGGGCGGCGCGUCAAAACCGGGGAGACCGAGGCUGUUAAUUGAGAAAAUAACAGGGUCUAUUUUUCUUCAUUUCAGAGAACAGAGCCGGGAUUUUUCUUUCUCUUUUCUUUUCAGUUUUCUUUAAAACCCUAAUAGAAAUGUUUUGUCUGCUGAAAAUCAUGUGUAUGUGCAGCACUUAAGUUAAUCAACGGUUUCCCUCCGAGCUCCUUACCCUGAUUUUUUUUUUUUCUCCUGAGGAGUAAAAAGAUCCAGUGGAAGAAAAAAAAAAACCCCAACGUCUAACAUCUGUUUUUGGUCUGAUAAUGGAACAUUUAAAAAAUAAUCGUAAAGAUGGUAAAAUAAUAAAUUUAAGCAAAAUAAAGAGAGAAACGUUCUCGAUCCAGCAGCUGGAAUAUGAUAUUCUCUCUUUUUUUUUCUAUAUUUGAAAUUGUAAGGUUUUUAAAGAAGACUAGCAGCUUCACUUCAGUCCAUAAAUGUAAAAAAAUAAAGAAAAAAUAUUAAGAACUGGAAUUUAUUUUUAAUAUUUUAUAGACAAUCAAUUCAUAAAGUCAAAAAAUUUUAUAUGCACUGAGAAAAUGAGUCUGUAAAAGGAUUGAUAUUUCAGAUCACAGCUUUAAAAACUGAUUUUAAGUCCAAAAUAAAAUAAAAAUAUGACUUUAUUUUUUGUUUUUAAAUCAUUUAUUCAAAAUAAUAAUAAUAAAAAUAAUUAAAAAGCGUUUUUUUUACUAGUGUUUUAAUUUAAGAAUCACACGGUGCAAUAAAACUGACUUUUCUUUUAUUUAAAUAAAUGUGAAUAAAUAAUAAAAGACCCUGACAUACAGCUAAUAAGUGCUCAUUCUGUGACAUCCAGUCUGUUAUUAUUUAUAAUGAAAACUAACACUGAUAAGAUAUUAAGAAGAGUAUCACACACUGACAUCCAGUCAGUCCUGGUUAAUGAAACAGUUUUUGCACUUUUCCAAAAGUUCCAGUUUUUCGUUGUUUCUCCGUCUCUCAGGUGUCUCAGAGUCCAAAAUAGUUCCUGCUGGUUUUUGUGAUCUUGUUCUCACAGAUCCACGAAGCAUUUGCACUUUUCAGGAGUUCCACUUUCCUCCGUGUUUCUGAUCCAGUCAGAGGAAUUGGAGGUGAGAAGUGUGUCGAUGUAAUUUCAGUUUUUUUAAUUUUCCCCCCGCACAGACUUCACUCCGUCUCUGAAUCUGUUUCCCUCACACAUCUGGUGAACCUGGAUCUACGGUAGCGGCUUUAGCGUAAUUGUCUCUGGAACGUUUCCAAAUCUGAGAAAUAAUGAACACUUCAGCGUGAGGCCUUUUUCGACUGUCGUGGAUUUAGUUUUAUUCCCUCUCAGAUGAAUGGGAUUAACUGCGUUUGUCUCGUGUUUCACUGUCAUGUCUUUUGUGACUGCCUGCAAUAAUCAAACUGUAUUGAAUUCACGCUGUGGUCGAGUCUGAGUCGAUGAGGCUGCAGAUGAAUAGUUCAAUAAAAUCAGGAACUAGAGGAACCAGGAGCGCUGUAUGUCGGCGCUGUGUGCCAUCCGCAAAGUCUGGACGGGUGCCAAAGCAGAGCGGCGUGGAGCUGCCUCCUCCACAUCCUAAUCUCUGGCACGCCGUGCCAAGUCACAGUGGGGUCUUUACCACUCACCCUCUCCUCAGCAGGGACCCCCACCCCCACCAACCCACCCACCCACCCCGUCAUGUAGAGGCUGAAGCCCACGGCUCUGUGAUGUCACCCCCCACAUGUCUCUCAUCGGGGUUUUUCUCAAUGGCUCCCUGUCACCGCCGGUCUCUGCUUAGUGUUCGACUAAUGCUGUCUUAAUGGAGAGCAGUUAUUAAUCAUAAUGGGAACACGCUCCAUCUCUCCCUCCAACUAAAGACAGAGAUUAGAGAUGAAAAUCUGCCAGGGAGGAGAGGGAGAGCCAAGGGAAAAACCGCACAUCGCUCUUCAAGUAUUUCAUUCCGCCCUUUAUUUGAUUAUCAAAUAAAAAUGUGAUUAUAUCACUGGGCCGCAGAACAGAGGCCUGUCUGGAUCUUAUUAGGACUCGCUAUUAGUGGUCCUACCAUGAAGAUUUACAAUAAGGGUGGAGAACAACAGAAAUUUAUGGAGGCAUGGAAGUCCGCAAGCCUAAGUGAGCAAAGCCAUUAAGGAGGGAACCAUUCAAUACGGAGGUUUGUCAUCCUGACUGAGCAGCAGCAGCAGCAGCAGCAGCAGCAGCAGUUCUGGGAGCAGCUCGAACACGACAACUGGAGGUCACUCAGCUGUGUUUUUACAGUUCUGCUCCACGGCACGGGAAAGACGAGCUCAACAUCUCAGAGAAAUAAAACACAAAGACACUGAAGACACACAACAACAACAACACCGAUACAAGAACGCAAUCUGAACACUCCUGUCAGUGCUCUUGGAGGAUCGUGGACAAGAUAAAUGUUAUUUAUGGGUUUGUUAUUCAGUAACAGCGCUCCGUUCAGUCUGUGUCUGAACGUCCCUGAGCUGAACAGCUGACCCUGCCGUGACCUCCUCCCUGCAGGGAGGGAAGAACAAAUGUUUUCAGCUUUAACAGGGUCAUGAAAUAACAUCGGAGGAGCGUGUCAGUCAAGUCCCCGCUGCCUUUCCCCUUCAGUUAUUGACAAGUACUGGAAUUAGUGUGCACGCUAAUAUUACACUGAUAAUAUAUGAUCGCUGUUCCAUAACUCUACAAUUAAGACGUGUUGAAAUGUUAGAAUAAAUGUGAACCUCACUCAGGAAGUUCAGUACAAAAAACACCAACAUGGAGACGAGAGAGUUGGUUUGAGUUUUGAGAAAGUUCCUGAUCUCAGACCGCCCUGCAUGGACUUGGCUAACUGUUCUUGGUCCAUACAGGGAUGGUGCCAAUUAAUCACUUUAACGUAGGUCUCAGUCUUACUGUAAAAAGGAGGUUACACAAGCUUCACUCUGGGCUAAUGUUUGUUUGUGGUGAGUCUCAGUUUUACUGUAAAUAGUAAGUUAAACAGGCUUCACUCUGACCUACUUAGGCUAUUAAAGUGAGUCUCAGUUUCACUAUAAAUACUAAUUUAGACAAAAGCUUCACUCAGCUUUAUUGCACAUCUCUUUAAGGUGAGUCUCAGUUUAACUGUAAAAAGUUAAACACAGGCUUCACUUUAAACCUUAUGUUUGUGGUAAGUCUCAGUUUAACUGUAAAUAGUAAGUUUAACAGGCUUCACUCUGGCCUAAUGUUUGUUUGUGGUGAGUCUCAGUUUAACUGUAAAUAGUAAGUUAAACAGGCCUCACUCUGGCCUUCUUAGGCUAUGCAGGCGAGUCUCAGUUACACUGUGAAGAAUAAAUGAUAGCAUGGUUUUACUCUGACCUAAUAUUUGUUUGUGGUAAGUCUCAGUUUUACUGUAAAUAGCAAUUUAGGCAAAAGCUUCACUGAACUUUAUUGCACAUCUGUUUGAAGUGAGUCUCAGUUUCACUGUAAAGAAGAAGUUACAGAAAGGUUUUACUCUAUAUCUUCUGUUAGUUUGUGGUAAGUCUCAGUUUUACUGUAAAAAGUUAAACGGGGGCUUCACUCUGACCUAAUUAGGCUUUUAAGGUGAGUCUCAGUGUCACUGUAAAUACUAAUUUAGACAAAGACCUUACUCGACUUUAUUGCACAUCUCUUUGAGGCGGGUCUCAGUUUUACUGUGAAGAAGUUACAGCUCAGGUUUCACUCUGAACUUUCUGUUUGUUUGUGGUAAGUCUCAGUUUUACUGUUAAUAUUAGAAGAAACAAAAAUAAACAAAUUUAUUGGAUCAUCUGCUGGUUUGUUGAUUCAACAUCAUCAUGAUAAAAGUUUCUAAAAAGUGACAAUAACUUCUGUGUCAGGUCAGUUCUGAAAAGAAGAAGACGGCUCGAUUAAAUCUUGUUUACUGAAUAUUUUAUUAUGUAACUCACCAUCGAGAGGAUCUGUCGUCAAAGUUGAAUCUUUUGAUCCAGAAAAUACUGAAAUACAGAUCUGUGUACACAGAAUUUAACAUUGAUUACAGCGGGGUGUACCUCAGGGCAGCUGUUCGGGGCCUUUAAUGUUCUUCAUUUUAGCCAAAAUCAUUCUGUAUGCAGAUGAUACAACGCUUUAUUUACCAGCAGCAUCACCUGUUGUUUUAGUUACCAGCACAUGAAUGUUGUCAGUUAUUGUAUUCUUCUAUUCCUGGUCGUGUUUUAUUGUGUUACAGUUUGAUGUCUUUUUUUCGUGAUGAUCCAGAAAUAGUAGUCAUGUUGAAAACUCUGUGGCGUAGCUUGGACUGCUCCGUGAUCUGCUUCGAGGUCUGGAAACAAAUGGUCCAUCCCUUUAAUGUUUAUUUUCUCUUCUCACCCAGGCUUCCAACUUCUUCUGGGGUCUUUGGGCGAUCCUGCAAUCACGUUUCUCCUCGAUUGACUUUGACUUCCAAAGGUUUGUAUAUCUGACAGAGACGGCUCAAAGGUCCUGAAAAGAGAAAAAAAACUUCUCCAUGUGGUUACCUCGUGUCUGGGUGUCACUUUCUAUAAACAUCGUCUCCGUUUUCUCUGAGUCUGACAUUUCGAACAUUGUUUCCUCCACAACUGAGAAAUAUGAACAUUCAAAUGAACACCCUGUUGACAUAAAACCCCACCUUUACAUGAGCACCACCUCAGAAAGCUGAUUAAUGUUGAAAAACACGUAACCACAAAGACCUGAGACCACCUUACAGCAUUCAUCUCUGAAAUAGUGAGGCAGUGGCCAUUUCAUUUUUAUUCCUAAAUUAGGACAGACAGGAUCACAAUGAAGACUUAUAUUUGAAGAAUUAUGUGUUGAAAUAUUUCUCUUCUUUCUGCCGGUUCUUCAGGACCAGGAGUUCACAGAUUUCGGCGUAAAACAGACAUGAGAAGUUACGCCUUAAAGAACUUUUGUCUGAGUUUUAACAAACUACAUUCACACCAAUUUUAUGUACGGUUUACCGGGUAUAAGGGCCACAUUAAAGAUAAUUUUUUUGACGAUUUGGUGGAAAAAAGUCGUCAUGUUAGAAGAAAAACAAGUCCUAAGAUUUUAAGAUUAAAUUUGUAGUAAUUUCAUAAUAUUACGAGAAUAAAGUCAUUAUGUUUUGAGAAUAAAAUUGUGAUAAAGUUGCAGCUUGAGUUCACGAUGAGCAGCUGCUUGUACCAAAAUGAGGAAUGUAAAGCUUCAUGUUUAAGUGUCUCUAAUGUUUUGUCCACACUGAGUAUCAGGACCCUGAAAAGACUGAGCAGAACAGAACAUGAGAUUAUUCAUGAACUAGAUUAACGACUUUGUUUUUGUAGCAUAAUGACUUUACCCUCGACAAAAUCAACUAAAUACUUGUAAGCGAACGAUUGAACUAGGACUUUAUUCUUGUGAGAAUAUUUUGUAUUUGUAAGGAAAUGAUUUUACACCAACUUUCUUGUUAGUGAAUAAUUUUGACGAGUUUAUCCUUAAAAUAAUUUUACUACGACUUUAUUCUUUUAGCAAAUUCACCAGGACUUUAUUCACUGAAAAAAAAAAACAAUAUUCCUUAAACUUUAUUCAUGUUAAAAAAAAACUAUUUUGUUACGACUGAAAAUUACAAAGUAAAUCUUAAAAGUUUAUUUAAUUAUCUCAUAUUAUAUGUCCCGAAUAACCCGUGGUAACGUCUUGUUUCCCCUGUUUAAGUUAACUUGUCAAAGUUUUUACCUGCUACUUUAGACUCUGUAUAUGAAGUUCUCUGACUGAGCUCUAGUAAAACCUUUUCGUAGAAUUAAAGGUAAAUUUCGUGUGUUUUUGGGAGGAUCAUGAUCCACGCAGGACGAGUUAUCUUUAAACAGGUCCAGGAGGAGACAUUCCUCACUUCCAGCAGCCAGACAAUAAAGUUCAGGAGGGUGAAAUGUUUCCCCGCUCCCCCUCUCUCUCUCUUCCUUCGUUCGCCCCACACCCGCCACAGUUGUGAUCGUGAUCCUAAUCACUAUUGACAUUCGGCACCCUCCCCUCUGUGUGGCUUUCUCUGCACGCUUGCUAGAUCAGCGACAGGGCCCCCGCCUCAUUUCGAUCCGGACCCCGGAGGAAAUGUGAUCCAGAGGGGUGCCGAGGCACAGAGGCACUAUUGUUUCGUGCCGUCGGUCCUCCCUUACAUAUACGUCUCUCAUCCCUGGCUGGGCCACAUGCGCCUGUUAGACGUCUGCUCCUCUAAGCCGCCGGCUGAGGUUGUCCUAAAGUGCACGAUGAGGGUCGGGUUACCUUUCUUCUGAGUGGAGGGCUGAGCUGAAAUGAGCUCAGAAAACAACAGUUACGACGAGGAAACCGGGUCAAAGCGCCACGAUUAAAAACACACACAGACUAAUCACAUCUGCCGUCACCGUCAUCAGAAAUGAUCCGCGGCGCUGUAAAGAAACAGACAAUACAGAUGGCAACGGUCAAGUUUGUCCUCGCUUUCAUCCUUUCAUUUAAAUACAUUAACAGGAAGCACACACCAGUCAGAACAUCAUCUUUGGAAACUGUCCUUGUGGUUUAUUUAAAGAGCAUAAAGCAGCGCGCCUCAUUUAAAUUCAACCAGAGCAGUAAGUAAUGUUACGCUCUCUCUUCUCCUGUGAAAGGUCUCUCAGAGGAGGUUUAAUUGGAUGCAUAAAGGGCAGGUCACACCACGGUUCAUAACCACAAACUGAUACUCCCCCGGUCUGUUUUCAGUAAAAACGGAGUUCAGUGCAGUUAAAAAACAGCUAGCUAACAUUUUUAUAUCCAUGACAGUCAUCUUAACAUUCGUUUUAAACCGUUCGACCUUUCAAAGAGUUCACCACCUACUGGUUUUCUCUUUCAGAUUUCAGAUUUUUGUUGGAAAGUGAAACUAACUGGCACCAAAAAUCAUGAAUUACCCAAUAAAAUCAGCCGAUGUGGGUCUUGACAUGAGUUUGUGAACCUGUUUGGAAAUAUUCCAAUCGAGCCAGACGUUCGAAACAUCGAGAGGUUGGUCCAAACCGCGAGGGUCUAGGACGUGACCCCGAGAGAAAGUCUUAUUCAUGGUGGGUACAAACCAGGUUUUUAAAGCCUGUUAGAAAAGAGAAAUAGGUUUUUGGAUUAAGAUCCUCACCGGGACCGUUUUUUUCGUGCGAUUAUUUCGGACGGCAAUAUUUUUUUUGAACCCGUAUCCUGUCAAUACAAGCGUUCACAUCAGCAACGUUUUCCCGUCCUGCGAUAUUGCGGCAUUUAUUUUUUCCUUCACAGUCGAUUUUUCUAAAGUUUCUCAUACUGUGUGUCCACUUCUGACCAAUCAGAUUUCAUGUUGUUGGGACGUCAGAUUCACCGGUAUAUCCAACGUGGCCGACCGGCUGAUUGUUGUUGAUGGUUUGUGAGCUUUAACAGUUUGAUAAACGUCUUUGUUUUAACUUUCAUCUGUACUAACAUAAGUUAACGGUUGUUACCAUAGUUUCAUGUGCUUAUCUUAUCUGAUUGGCUAUAAGUGCUGACCGUUUGGCUGGAGCGUGUGAUGACGUUUCCAGCUUUUCUAGCCAAUCAGAGUCGAAGGAGGCGGGACUUUCCCUGGGAAAAGUCUUCCCCGGGAUGCGUCUUUUUUCCCCCCUGAAAGUCACAAAAUCGGGCUUGAUGCGUGUAGUCAGGCUCAUGAAAAUUCUCCUCCGAAUAUUUUGCGUUUUAUAUUUACGUUAGCUCCGGUGUGUCAGGACCUUUAUGGUCUCUCUUCUGUUGUUUUACAUUGAAAUACUCAGCCUAUAAGCUAACAUGGCUAAUAUUGAACACCACUGACAGGCAAAUGUAAAAUAGAUGCCAAAUGACACUCGUGUUCAAGUACAAAACAUACAACCAUGUCUUUGUCCUGAAAUGCCACGUGGAUGAAAAAAACAACAAGACGAAAAUCCAGAUUCACGAUCUCCGCAGCUACUUUUGGUCUCGCAUGUGGACAACGUUGUUCAAAUGACAUCGUACAAGCUGCACCCUUCACUUCAGAUCACAUCAGUAACAUAAUUACACAUUUGAUUUUUUCUUGAGCAUUUUUUUGAGCGAUUUUUGCCUUUAUUGAUAUGUGAUGCCUGGACCGUGGUCCUCAUACAUGGGGCACACUAACCUGCUCAGCCCAUCCGUGCGCGCCCCAAUCGCGUCCUCCUCGCUGGGAAUGUCGCUGAAUUCUGUCUCAGUCUUGGUCACCAAUACUGGCACUGGCGGCACACCGACACGCCUGAAAAUUGUUUCUAUGAUUGUCGGCUGACGAUGUGAAGGUCUGGUACCGGGAUCUCCACUGGAUCCAGAGACGGUAGCACCACGCCCACAGGAGCUGAUGCGCUGAGACCGUUAGCUCUUGGCUAAUGACUUCGGCAUUUUCCGACUCUCCUCACAGAGAAAAAAACUCUCCACAACUCGGCUAGUUGGCGCACUUGAUGGCGACACACACUGGCGAAUACUUGUUUUUGUAAUUGUAACAUGGUUAUGACGUAAUUGUCGGCUUUUCUGCGUUCAGAACGACCCCAAACUUAGUCGCAUGUUGGGGAGGAGCGCCCUCUGGAGGAAAACAAAAAAACUGAAAAAUCCGUCAAAAUCCGUCAUUGGCAUUGAAUGAGAUUUUAUGGUUCAACUAUUUCCAAAGACUUCGUCAGACAAGUCACAAACUACGAUGUCAAGAGUACGACUGGCUGCCUUUGCUCCUCGAUUCGUAUGUGGCGGUUGAUGAACUUUUGGUGAAAAACUUUUAAUUUUAUCGUCUAAUGAGCUAAUUACUUAGCUAGCUAACAUCUUUUCUCAAACAAUCUCAGUUACGAAAACUUAAACAACUCGAACUUUUUUUUAGUUUGUCAUGAAAUCAUCUGCAGAUUGUGGUUGUUGUUUCCUGAUGUUUGAUCCCAGCAGGUGACCGACUUUGUGAAUUAAACGGCGAUGAAUAUUUUAACCUCAAUUAACCGUAAUUAACUUUCCAAAACCACGACUUUACUCAGAGUUUUUUUUUUAGCGCUCUGAAGGUCUGAGAAAAAAAAUCUGUGAACUUUGAGGUUUUUAUGUUAAAAAAAAAUGAGAUAGGAAGUUGGAGUCAAACCCUGAAGAUGUGUGUGUGUGUGUGUGUGUGUGUGUGUUUAUGUUUUCCUCCCACUGUUUCCCCCCCGAGCCAAAUCCCCGCCGACUUCCCAACGAGUGACAGGCGUCGCCGAGGCCUUGUGCUUUAACCAGAGCCAGAUGUAGAAGUGACAAUAGGGAGCCACGAGGGGAAUGCAGAGCUCCCUCCCUCCCUCCUUCCUCCCUCCCUCCUCCCUCCCUCCCUCCGCUCGGGUUAUUUACUUUUCUUUAUAUGAUUUUAUUCCUGUGUUGAAAGUGUCUGCGAGUCAGCGGUUUAGAGCUGCGGACGUAUUGGCGAGGUGAGCCGCUGUUCGACAAAGACAUUAUUAUGAGGAAAUGAAGGAGGAGGAGGAGGAGGAGGACGAGGAGGCCCCACUGUUUGGAGAAGGCUGACUGUUAAAUUGAGGGAAUUGUGCACAAAAGCACAUUGUGAAACCGAAUACCUGCUUUGGAGCGACUUCAUUUUCUCCUGCUAAAGAGAAAAACGUCUCCGUUUCAUCUCUGGUGAUGAUAAACGUGAAGCAACGCCAGUUUAAGGUGUCCGCCUCGAUAAAAAUACUGAUGAACGGGAUCCCCUCUUUUUUUUAUAUCGGAACACUUAAACAUGAUUUGACUCUGGGUGGGUGUGGGUUUGACGGGUUAUUACGCAAACAGAACAAAAUAUAAGGACGGCGUUUUAUCGAUGUUGAAACCCUUAAAUAAUUUUGAUUUAAACCGACCAAACGCAAAAUUCAGAGUGGACCUGUGAUGACGACAGACGCCACCUUCCCCUACGUUCCCAUCAUCCUUUGUGCUCUCCUUGCUGCCUCAGAUGUACUACAGCACCAGGAAUGGUGGCGGAGGACAAGGACACACCGCCGGUUAAAAACUGCGGCUUUUAAAAGUGGCGUGUUGAAUCAUUUCAGCGUCUCCGUGUUAAGAAAUGAGGAAAGGUGACGCACUGUGCAGACGCUGUCAGACUGUCCGGGAAAUAUGAGUAAGAUGAGGAAACCGCCGGGCGAAAUGUUGCCAAAGACGAGAAGAAAAAAUUCAUCCAGGCUAAAACACUCUGAUAUUCUCACCCUGACUGUGAAUAAAAUCAUUUAUGAACGUGGAUCACAUGUGAAGAUGAUCUGACAACAACCAAGAGAUCCUCCUUCGUACGCAGGAAUCAACGUAAAUGAGCUUAAACUUCAUCUAUUCGACACAAACGACGACACAUGGCGACGUGUGGCGGCUUGUAAAACUAACGACAGCUCUUUAAACUAAUGAAUGAAGCACCAGGACACCUUUAUUCACAGUUUAAGUCAAUCUUAAGAAGUAGAUGUAGUUCGUAGAUUAAAGUGGCGUUCACACCAGCCUUGAUUAGUCCAGUUAAGCUGAACCUUGGUAGGGGUGGUCUCGGACCGCUAUCAAGUGAACUCUAGAGCGGUUUACUUCUGGUGUGAACCCCAUCUGCACCAAUCACAGGAAGCGCGCCUCGAAAAAACAUGGAGGUAGGCUCUCAUUAUUGCCUGUCGUCUUCUGCGAUACGACCGUCCGUUUGCAGAGCGUCUCCUGCGACGUGCGUGUAUUCAUACAUUAUUUAGUUACCGCAGUCUUCUCAGCCGUUAAAGUCUGCUGAUAUGCAGUCCAGACCAGCACUGACAUAAAAACGAGCAGACGAUGCUCCAUGAUGUUCAGAAAAAGUUGUGAGGGGUUUGUUGUCGACCCGCCCAGAUCAUUUGAGACGGCCUUUAUGAACGCAAACCAGACUUGUUGAGAAAUUGAAUCACUCAGUGCGUUUACAGUCACAGUUUAAUCGGACUAAGCUCAUUCUUCGUUUUUUUCGCCAAAUCCGACUUCCCUCCUCGUUUACAUGCAGCUGAGAAAAUCGAAUUAUUGACAUGAACGUGUCCUCCUCCCCAACACUAGGGGGCGAUAUGGGUCUUUUCAGCAGCGCUGUUUCCGACCCCAUUCGGAAGAUGGAGCAUCGUACAGCGUCGUUUUUGUCCGACAUGAUGGACGUGCUACUUUUUCUGCAGAUGAGACGAACGCUACUCCUCUACUCUGGUGUUUUUGUUCCGGGGUUACGGGGGCGUGGCGCAAGCGCACAUGCAUUGUCCGAUCAUACUCCGACUACGCUGGUUACAUGGUAGAGAAAAUCGAAUUCCAAUCGCAUUAUCUGGGUGUCUUAAUCGCAGUUCUUCGAGUUCUCAAACUCCGAUUAUAGUCAGACUAAGGUGUUUAAAUGCACUUUUCCGGUCUUAAUCGGAGUAAGGCGAUAAUUCGGCUUCUGAAGUGUCAUGGAAAAGCAUUGAAUGUAAGAUCCUCACUUUGGUUGGUAUCAGAAAACCGACCUUUUGGUGUGAACACGACCUUAAACUAUCUAUAUGUCUGUUUACGUACAAACACACUGUGUUCGAAUUUAGCGAUGUUAACAAUCGUCCUCGCACAGUCUGACUACAAGAUGAUCCAGAACACCGAAGAGUUUUGAAGCCUCUGUGACGUCUGAAGAUUUGUUCAUCAUGAUUUACGUGACACCUCAGAGCGAAGCUUCGGUGUAAUACGCCCUUUUCUCCCGAUCUUUUGCAGCGUAGACUUUUUAGAAGCAGAGAUCGGAAACAUGUCACCUGUCUCUGUCAACAAGUUUCAGGUGUGUUUGAAGUGUCUAAAGGAGGCUGGUGAGUGAUGCACAAGAAAGAGAGAAAGGAGUCUUGGAAAAACAGCAGAGAGCCUUUCUGACACAAUAAUUAGAGAGCGGUUUUGCCCAGAGAUACAGGUGGGGAACAGAGUGAUGGAGCAUAAGUAACUAAAAGGCAUGUGUCAGAAUUAUCUUUUUGUCUCAGCGAGCUGUAAGAGAGAGAGAGAGAGAGAAAGUGAUGUGGCAUUGAGCGGUUUAGUGAAAGCACUGAUUAAAGGACAAACUCCUCUCUGUGCCUCCAUUUUCUCUGCUUUUCAAACUUCUCUUAAUUUCAAAGGGGAUAGUAUAAUGGCCAAGGGCAACAGCGUACUCAGACAUCAGAUUUAUUGAAGCCUUCGAUAAUAUGGUUUGAACAAAUACAAAACCACUUUUCUCACAGUUAAGUUCUGAAAUGUGCCGAGGCUUUGACACGGCUCUCAGACUCACUACUUUAUUCAGGAGGGAUUUUAAAGCUUUAUUGUCACGCAGGUUUGCAAAGAAACAAAAACACAUUUUGCCCACGUCGAGCCAUUAACAAGGGCGUCAGUCUGACCUGUAGCUAACGAAGGGAACUGGAGACACAUUAUUGUUAAUUUCCAACUAAUAAGUCUGCAGUUUUCAAACGUAGAGCGCCUUUAUUCUCUGACGUUUAAGUGAGGUACAGACUGAACAUGUGAUCCUCAUCAUGAGGCGCAUUCUUCCACAUGAUAAUAACAAACACUUCCUCUGUGAAAAGACCGUUUAAGAGUCUGAUUGAAAGGUCAAAGGUCAAAUAUUGCAAAUAGAAAUUCAAGUACUUUAAUUACCUGCAGCAGUCGUUGAAUACAGACGCAGUAUUUGAUUGAAAAUGUAUCCUGCACUGACUUUACAUCAGACGUCUUUGAUUCACGAUUUAUGAGGUUAAUUUCGCCGACAAAUUAGAGAAGAUAAAAAAUUCUGGUUUCAUGGUUAGGCGACGUACUUCGGUUUGAGAUUUACUGAGAGUUCGGACACUAACCCCCAAUUCCUACUGGAUACAUUUGUGAGGCGAAUUUCGCAGCGGAUUACGGACAAUGGUAAUCGCAAGAACCCGCGUAUUCACGUGCAAUGGCGCAAUAACAAGUUGAUUCUAAAAAGACAGACACAUAGACAUAUAAGCAGUAGAUUGUGUCCUUCCAGAGGAGGAAAUCUACUUCUAGACUUCUAGACUCAGCAUCUCCUCAUCCAUGGUGUCAUCGGGGUGAAAUGACGUCUAAAAACCUUUCACUUGUUCGUCUCCGCCCGUUUGCAUGGUGUGAAAUACGAUCCACCACAGAUUCCACGGGUUAAUCUGUGCUGAAUUUAUCCGACAUGCUCCGGCGUCCGGAAAAAAUAGAACUCUUGGGAUCAGAAGUCGGUGGAAAUUGACACGUUAACUUGAAUGGUUACGAUCAGCUAUGAUCGGCGGAUACGGCCUUUUCGUAGCCGUUCCAGAUGCAGUGGAAAUUUGGGGUUAGACAUGUCAAGAGAACCAAACUAAACAGAAGGAAUCAGACCAUACGUAGACCCCAUAAAGACGCAAAGGGUUCCUUAAAACAGAUGCUGCAAGGACCCUCGAGAUGGCCCCUGAAGGGUCGCCUGAAAUCCCUUAUUUCAGAGAGAAAAACUGAGUUUUACCGAGCAGGUAAAAACCCCAAACUUUGGUCCAAAAGAACAAGAUCCGACUCUACAAAGAGCAGAGGAGAGUACUUAGACACGGUCCACAAAGGCCGCCUCAAAACAGACCUGAAAAAGACAAAAAAACUCAGCAAACUUAAAUUGACAAUCGGAGUUAGCUCAUCAGCAAGUUAGUCUUUUUUAGGAGCAGAAACUGAUCUUGGAGAAACAAAAAAGGUACCUCGACAGAACCCUGAGGGACGCCCUGAACGGAAUUUGUUUAAGGGACAGAAAUCAGACCUCAAAACGUGGACAGGGUUGUUCCUGGACACAACUCGUAAAGGGCGCCUUGAAACAGACAAAUAAGUGAAACGUGUUUAAAACAGACUUAAAGAAUCGAUGUUCAGGGUACCUUGACACAUGAUGAUAGAGGAGAAAACAGCGCUUAAACAAGACACACACAAGGGUACCUUAAAAAAACUGUGAAGGGAACCUCAAAUUGUCCAAAUUACUUAUUAGAAAAAAGAAACAUAUAACUUUGAUUUUAAGAGGGUUCCCAGACACAGCUCAUGGAAGGUUCCUUAAAACAGACCGGAUAUAAUCGUUUUUAUGACACAGAUCUGAAGGGUUCCUCGAGUGGUCAGACUUACUUCUCAAAAAAGACAGACCUUAGAGUAAACAUGAGAGAGAACCUGGACACGGUUUUUCAAGGGUACCUCAAACCAGACGAAGUAAGCGGACACUCAGGAGUUGAUAAAGCUAGAAAACGUCCUUUUACUCAGACCAGACCAUGUGAUGAAGACAGACAACAGAUCUUAGGAUAGUAUCAUCUCACUGAAAACCAAGAACCGACCCAGAAGACUGGAACCAAACCUCUAAACAAACAUUUGUGAGAAAGUAGAAAACAAAGAUCGGAGCUGUAAGAGGAAACGGACGAGGGUUCAGACUGGUCAACCAUCGUGGAGGUUUAAGAAACGUGAAUCUAUCAGGGACGGACUUUUGGUUUAAUGAAAGAAAGAAGAAUCAAGUUUUACUCUGAUUGUCAAAGAGAUGGAAAAAUAAUAAGAACGAAGAAGUUAAAUUGUGAUUAUCUGAGACAAAAGCAGCAGUUUAUAGACUUCAAACAUUCACUCAUCUAACGCGUUUGUUGUCUUCGUCCUUGCAGAUAUGCCACGGCACGACUCAACUACUACUUUGAGAAGAAGGAGGAGUAUUUUGGACUGACGAUGAUCUAAAAACGGAGGCGAUUGAACCCAAACCCUCCGAGCGUUACCCUGCUCUGAGGGUCCAGGGAGAGUUCUCUACGACGUUUUCCUCGUUUGUCACAAACGAAGGCAAAGACUCAUAAACCUGCUCCUCCUCAUUGUUUGUUUCUUCUUCAGGCUGCAGUGUGAGUUCAUAUGUUUUGCUAUCGCUGUGAUUUUUAAAAUAUUUCUUCCACCACAGUCAAGUACGCCGAUAAGCUUAUUUGGCGCUCUGAGGUGAAGCUGAUGCCAGAAUCGCAUUAAUUGCUCCCACAUUUAGCAGAGUCGCAUGAAGCCACAAAAACUGAGCCUGAUCAUAAAAGCCAUAAGACGGUUAUUUGCAUGCUUAUUCAGAGCGCACCACAGAUCUGAUGGAAAACAAGUUUCCAUUUCAACUUAUUUACUUAAGCAUGUCGAGCUUUAUUUUAAACCUCUCUCUGUCCUCAGGAAGAAAACCGUAAAGCUGCUUUUUAUCUUCUUUACAUUGUUAUUACCCGAUCAUGAAAAUCAAAGAUAGCUGCUGUUUUAGGACUCACAUAACUAAAUUACUUUUGAUGGAGUCUGUCACCAUUUUUCCGCACACCAGUGCACAAAGGUUUGUAACCCUGGGAUGUACGGGUUCGAUUAACUCCCACAAAAAAGGGUUAUCCUCUGUGUAUGGAGGGAAAUUACUGCCAAAACUCCACAAACACACACAAAGCCUGUUUUACUCAAGCCCAACAAUUCACAGACAAACUCAGAGCGGUUUUCAAAGACAAAACAUCAUUCACAAAUUAAUGCAGUUUGUUUCACUAAUCAGGAAUGUACCGAUCAAAUAAAUAAACCGUGCUUCACAAACAAAAAACAGGUUUUUUUUUCAAGUUAA